GGUUUCCUGGGUACAUAUUCCGGAGAAAAUCGAAAAUGAAUCCUCAGGGAACGAAGAGAAAACUUGAAUUAAUGGCACCUGGAGACAUCAAAAAGGGGGCCCCCAAUAUCCUUCGUCAGAAACGUAAAUUAAGCAAUUCGCACUUCUCAAGGUCUGCAAUUGCUGAUCCUUCGAUACCACUUCAAUCUGGUUGCAGGCUCGGAAACUACCCACGCGAAAUCAUGUUUAACAUCAUGGGCCAUCUUGGUUGGGCAGAUGGGGUUUGCCUUGGCUUGACCUGUACAGAAAUGUACGACAUCUACAAAUGUUCCUACCCAUCAAAGAUUUCAUUGCGAGAAUGGGUUGAAACAAGUCCUCCGUCUUCUUUUGAUAUCACACCCAAGCCGACUCGAGUUCAGCUAUACCAGUUGCUGGAAAACUGGCAUGGAAAACAUCAAUACACAUUUUGGAGACCGAAUUCCUCACUUGGGCAGGCAAGUUCCGAUUCGUAUGAUCAGACAAUACCAGCUCGAUUCCUCAAUAAGGCUGUAUAUGACAUCUCCCUGCAGAACAAUUCCUCAGAAACUGUUAAAAGAAAUAUUGAUCUGCGAUGUCGUCUCGGAAGAAAUUACCAAGAUUAUUUCUUUUUUAAAUCGCCAAGAAUGAUUCAGAAAAAUAUCGAUGUGUACUUUCAAGCUUUGCCGCCCGGUUGGCUCUCACCAGACGAUCCGGAAUCUGUUUUCAAGGGGAAUCCUCUACCUAACCCUUACAACAUGGGAGUUGAGCAGUGGGAGAAGGAGGCUACAGAGGUGAUUCUGAGAACUAUAGAUGUGGCUUAUGGCAGAGAACACUGGGGAUGGUAUUGGAAAAAUUGUAAUCUAUGGGAUAAAAACUAUGAAAGUUUUCAAAAAAGUUGGGCUGAACGCCAAGAUGAGCUAGACGCGAGUCUAUUUUCAGAAUGAUUGCUGUUGAUCAAAUUCUAGGGCAACGAGGUGGGAAGAAUGAGCCA